AUGUCUACUGUUCAUGAAAUCCUGUGCAAGCUCAGCUUGGAGGGUGAUCACUCCACACCCGUAAGUGCAUACGGGUCUGUCAAGGCCUACCCCAACUUCGAUGCUGACCGGGAUGCUUUGAACAUCGAAACGGCCAUCAAGACCAAAGGGGUGGAUGAGGUCACCAUCGUCAAUAUUUUGACCAACCGCAGCAAUGAGCAGAGACAGGAUAUUGCCUUCGCCUACCAGAGAAGGACCAAAAAGGAACUUGCAUCAGCACUCAAGUCAGCCUUGUCCGGCCACCUGGAGACCGUGAUUCUGGGCCUCCUGAAAACACCUGCUCAGUACGAUGCUUCCGAGCUGAAGGCUUCCAUGAAGGGGCUGGGCACUGAUGAGGACUCUCUCAUUGAGAUCAUCUGCUCCAGGACCAACCAGGAGCUGCAGGAAAUUAACAGAGUCUACAAGGAAAUGUACAAGACUGACCUGGAGAAGGACAUCAUUUCCGACACAUCUGGCGACUUCCGCAAGCUGAUGGUCGCCCUCGCGAAGGGCAGAAGAGCAGAGGACGGCUCUGUCAUCGAUUACGAGCUGAUUGACCAGGAUGCCCGGGAUCUCUAUGACGCCGGAGUGAAGAGGAAAGGAACUGACGUUCCCAAGUGGAUCAGCAUCAUGACCGAGCGCAGUGUGUUCCACCUCCAGAAAGUAUUUGACAGGUACAAGAGCUACAGCCCUUAUGACAUGUUGGAGAGCAUCAAGAAGGAGGUCAAGGGAGACCUGGAAAAUGCUUUCCUCAACCUGGUCCAGUGUAUCCAGAACAAGCCCCUGUAUUUUGCUGACCGACUGUACGACUCCAUGAAGGGCAAGGGGACACGUGACAAGGUCCUGAUCAGAAUCAUGAUCUCCCGCAGUGAAGUGGACAUGUUGAAGAUCAGGUCUGAAUUCAAGAGAAAGUACGGCAAGUCCCUGUACUAUUACAUCCAGCAAGACACCAAGGGUGACUACCAGAAAGCACUGCUGUAUCUGUGUGGUGGGGAUGACUGA